GAAGUUUACAAUCCAAACGUUAGUCGCUAUGAGCCACCCGCUGUAGGGUUAUCUGUUUGUGGCUCAAGACCAGAGGUGUGUGGAUGAGUAAUCUGGAAGAAGCUACAACUAGCUGUGUGGUAAUACCGCGGCGGCGGACGAGACCAGCCGGUUACUAAACCGCACCUAAGAGUUUGGUCAGGCCAAAGCCUGGUGUUUGGCUGGAUUCAAAUAUGGCUCUAUCAUUCCUUCUGGUCUUGGCUGCUACUGUGAUUCUUAUCAGACCCGAGACGCCUGUAACUAAGGCCCUACAUCAGAACUCACUUGAAUGUUGUGGUGAUAAGCAAAGAGCCAACAAUUCCUGCUCAAAUGACACCCACUGUGAACCAGGAUGCUUCCUGCGUGUCCUUGAGAACAGCAACACUGUCUGCAUAUUGUGCGACCCGGCAGCUGUCGAUUUAGAAAACAUAACAGUCUGCACUUACAACCACACAGUGGAGCGUAAAAAUCAUACAACUGUAACUACAGUUAUUCCUAAAAUUGGUGGCCCUGGUGUGGCAGCCUCUCUUCUUCUGGGAACGCUGUUGAUCAGCCUCUUCCUGAUACUCUCCGUCGCCUCCUUUUUCUACCUCAAACGCUCCAACCGACUCCCGAGUAUCUUCUACCGCCGCAACAAGGCCUUCAUAUUUCAACCAAGUGAGACAGCUGUCAUGAUCCCCUCCUCGUCAGUGAGGAAGCCCAGAUAUGUCCGAAGAGAGCGACCCUCUGCUUCGACAAACCUGAACAGUGCAACCAUAACCACAACUUCACCUACUCAAGAUUUUAAUGUGUAGGAGGGUGUGCGGGAGUUCUGCUGCAGGUAGGAGAGAAAGCUCAGGAACGAUGUAAGAUCUUCUAAUGAGUGAAGGAAGGUAAGCUGACUCUAAUAAAGAUGGCCAAAUUUAACUGUAGCUGCUUUUGCUGCAUUCGUGUCAUUAGGGCUGUUAAUUUUUCAGUAUGUAAUAAGAGUAUAAUAUAUAUAAAAAAAAAAUAAAAAAAAAUCACCAGUAUCAAGUAAUUAACUGGGGCUCUGAAUUGUCUUGUACUCAUUUGGUUAUUUGUUUAAAAAGAAGCACACACACAUUAUAGCCGCUCCAGGAAAAAUAGUUUCUGUGUUUAUGUGCAAGUUUGUCUUUUCUUGUGGUGAAUGAGAGUCACGCAUCUCUCAGGAUCACGCCUCAGAUUAAGUGGAAAUGCUGUCGGCAAGCAGUUUUUAAUCUGCUGUGUUUGGUCACCUAAUGUAAAUGAAGAGCUUCUUGAAUAUGUGCGUAGCUGUCAAACUCGACUCUGUGAGAUGGGAAACUCUUACACCACUCGUCUUGUGUUGAUUUGCAUCUAAGCAGCAGCCCGGUAUCAUGUGAUGGACAUUUGUUUUGAUGACCAGGAUGUUUGUACAUGUGUGCUAUUUAUUUGCAUUUUAUAACUGUGCACUGAGUUUUACUGCUUAGAAUUAGGCCAAUGGGUUAAAUGACAUGUCUAAUAGCAUCAUAGUUUUUUCUGGUGGACCAGGACUGUAGGCACUGUGUUGAUGAUCGAUUGUUUGAUUGUAUUUUGUACUGUUAUUGUUGUUGUAUUUAUUAUUUUUGUAAUCAGCCAAGGUGAAUGUAUUCCACGUGCAUACAAAAAAACAUGCAUCACAGUUGCAUGUCCUUUUUUUUUUUGUUUGUUUUUUGCAUUCCACAUUCAGAGCCACUCCUUCACUCAUUUUCUUUUUUUUUUUCUUUUUUUUUUUAAAGAGCUGUGAUCCUGACUUAAAAUACCAGGUCUGUUUACUUUAUGUUGAAUUAAGUUAAUUUUUCAAAAUAAACAGAUUUUUCUGUCAAACUGUAAAAUUCCUGAAUAUCCCCAUGCACUUUAUUCAUCUGAGGUUGUCACCUGAUGUUGGACCUUGAUUUUAAAAAAAGAAAUAACUUUUUGCUAUCAAGUGUGAUUGAUUUUUUUUUUUUUUUUUUUUUUUUUUUUUGGCAUAGACGGCAGCUUUAAAGUUGCAUUUUGAACAUUACUUGACUACUAUUACCUUUUGCCAAAUGUGUGAAUAAAAUGGCAUUUUUUUCUAAAUGUCAUUACUGUGAUUACUGUGCCAUUAUGAGCUUUAAAUGCAGCCAAGAAGCAUUUAAUCAUGAUGUAUCUGUGAUGAAUAAUUGGGUAUUUGAAUUAUGACAAGUGGCCUUUUAUGGUAUCUCCAGUCCUAAACCCUAUCCAAGUUAUCUGAGGUUUAUUUGAUAGAUUGUCCUUUUUUUCUCUUUGAUGCACAAAUAGUUGGAAACGUUAUUUGUGUUUUCAGUAUAUGUGGAGCAAUCCGAAUUAAACCAGAUACAAGGCAGCAAUCAUUCCAUGACUAUUCCCCUUUUUGCAUCAUGUGUUUACUGUUGUACAUAAAACCAUAAGCUAAAAACAUGUAUAUAUUGUUUUAUACAAAUGAUGUAUUGUUUUUGUAAUGAUGUACAUAUUCUAGUUUCAGUGCCAUGAAUAAAGUUCAGAAGAUCUAAGUAUUGUUUGCAGAAAUAAAGCACCUUUCA